AUGCCUCAGUGGGGUGGUGGAGCCAAGUGUGCCGCCUGUGACAAGACGGUCUACCACGCAGAGGAAAUACAGUGCAACAACCGAAGCUUCCACAAAACCUGCUUCGUUUGCAUGACCUGCAGAAAAGCCUUGGACAGCACCACCAUGGCUGCCCAUGAAGCGGAAAUCUACUGUAAGUCCUGCUAUGGCAAGAAGUAUGGACCCAAGGGCUAUGGCUAUGGUCAAGGUGCGGGAACGCUCAGCUCUGAAGCUGGUGAGAGUCAACCCAGUCAACAUGUGGAGGUCAAACCUCAUCAGUCUCCAAACCCAAGCUCCUCUAAGUUUGCCCACAAGUUUGGUGGUGCCGACAAGUGUCCAAGAUGUAAUAAGUCGGUGUAUGCUGCUGAGAAGGUUAUUGGAGGAGGGAAGGCCUGGCAUAAGACUUGCUUCCGCUGUGCGCUCUGCGGCAAAAGCCUGGAAUCCACCAAUGUCACAGACAAAGAUGGAGAAAUCUAUUGUAAAGCUUGUUACGCAAGGAACUUUGGACCAAAAGGAGUUGGCCAUGGACAAUGUGCUGGGGCAUUACCCACUGCAGAUUAAGAAGCAUCUUUUCAUGGUGGAUGUGCUUUCACCCUUUAGUAUGUACCCAAUUCCCUCACAACCACUGAGCUAUCAGUUACAGCCACUCCCUCAGAUCAUUGUAAUGCUGGAUAAACAUAUGUAAUGUGCCUAUAUUUCCUUAAUAUUUUAAUUUUCCAAACAUCAGCUAUGUUUGCCAUUAUUUCAACACAGAUUGUCCUGGAUGGAAAGAAAGCUACAAACAAUAUGUACCAGGCAAGCAGUAGCCAGAUCUAUUUUUAG